CCCAGCACCUCUCUGCUCGGCCCCGCACCGCUUAGCCACGCAACCUCCCGCACCACAGAGCCCCGCAUCGCUGGGCCCCGCUCAGCCCCGCACCCCCUUGCGCGUCUGCACGGACCGCAGCCGGGCCAGGAGCCCGCUGGCAGCGGCGGAGGGAAAACGCCCCGCAUGCGGCUCGGAACCGCCCCCCUCCAUCACUGCCGCCCCCCCUCCCCCGUUACGCGGGGCCGCUGGCGCGGGGCCGGACCGGGGGCGCGGGGCUGGGGCGGCCCCGGGGCCGGGCCCGGCCCGUUGUUAUGGCACUGGGGGAAACAGCUGUAAACACGCCUUGGCCGGGGCUCCGCGGGAGCGGCUCGGCGGCCCGAGCAUCCCCCGGCGGUACGGACCGGUCCCGGGGCUCCGCCGGCCCGGGGGGCUCCGCGGCGUGGGAUAACCCCGGACAAGCGACCCCGCGGCCGGUCCCGCUCUUCCAGGCCGGGAUGCUCUGGCACUGCUGGGACGGCCCCAGCCCGCCUGACCUCCCGGUGAACCGGCGCUGCGAGCGGGGGCUGCCCCGGGGGCGGGCAGUGCCCGGUGGGGAGGGCUCCCCGCAGCCCCGGGCCCGGUGCGCCUCGACCGCCCUCUGCUCCCCACCCCGUCGCCUCCGGGGCCGCGGUCGGUGGCCCGCCGGUGGCCCCGGGAUGCGCCCGGUGAUUGACGGCUCUUUGUUUCCUCCUCGCCGGCCCCACCGGCCCCUCCCCCGUGCGCCACCCCGCCCCGCCGCGCUCCGCUCCGCACCGGCGGCACCGGCGGCACCAUGGGGGCACCGGGGGGCCUCGCGCUCCUGGCGCUGCUCCUGCUGGGCGCCGCCUCCGCGGCGCGCCCGGGGCUGCAAGUCAUUGACCUGCUGCUGGUGAGCGAGGCGCGGCAGAUGGCCAGCGUGGCCCACAAGAUCCGCAUGGAGCUCCUGACCGUCAACGACGUGUACCUCCUGUCCACCUUCCGCCUGCCCCCCAAGCAGGGGGGGACCCUCUUCGGCCUCUACUCCAAGAAGGACAACACGCGGUGGCUCGAGGUCUCGGUCGUGGGGAAGAUCAACAAAGUCCUGGUGCGGUACCUGCGGGAGGACAACAAGGUGCACUCGGUCAACCUGCAGCACGCGCACGUGGCGGACGGGCAGAGCCACUCCGUCAUCGUGCGCCUCAGCGGGCUGCGCAGGGACAUGCUGAGCAUGGAGCUCUACGUCGACUGCAAGCAGACGGACUCCAGCGUGGGGCUGCCCGAGCUGUCCGAGAUCCCCCUGGCCGAGGUGGAGGCCAUCGAGGUGCGCACGGGGCAGAAGGCCUACCAGAGGAUGCAGGGGUUCGUAGAGUCCAUGAAGCUGAUCCUGGGGGGGUCUAUGAGCCGCGUGGGGGCCCUGAGCGAGUGCCCUUUCCAAGGAGAUGAGUCCAUUCACAGUGCAGUGACGAGCGUGCUGGCCUCCAUCCUGGGUGAGCAGACCAAGGCACUGGUCACGCAGCUGACCCUCUUCAACCGGGUCCUGACCGAGCUGCGGGAAGACAUUAGGGACCAGGUGAAGGAGAUGUCUCUGAUCCGCAACACCAUCAUGGAGUGCCAGGUCUGCGGCUUCCACGAGCACCGGUCCCGCUGCAACCCCAACCCCUGCUUCAGCGGGGUGGACUGCAUGGAGACGUACGAGUACCCCGGGUACCGCUGCGGGCCCUGCCCGCCGGGGCUGGAGGGCAAUGGCACGCACUGCGCCGACAUCGAGGAGUGUGCCCAUGCCAACCCCUGCUUCCCUGGCUCCAAGUGCAUCAACACGUCCCCAGGGUUCCGCUGCGAGCCUUGUCCCCGUGGCUAUCGAGGCAACACGGUCUCUGGUGUGGGGGUGGACUAUGCCAAGGCCAGCAAGCAGGUUUGCACAGAUAUCGAUGAAUGCAACGACGGGAACAACGGGGGCUGCGACCCCAACUCCAUCUGCACCAACACGCUGGGCUCCUUCAAGUGUGGUCCCUGCAAGUCGGGCUUUGUGGGGAACCAAACAUCGGGCUGCGUCCCCCAAAAGUCCUGCAGCACCGCCACCGCCAACCCCUGCGACGUCAACGGCUUCUGCUUGUUCGAGAGGAACGGGGAGAUCUCCUGCGCGUGCAACGUGGGCUGGGCUGGCAACGGCAAUGUGUGUGGGCCAGACACGGACCUGGAUGGUUACCCGGAUGAGCCCCUGCCCUGCAUCGACAACAACAAGCACUGCAAGCAGGACAACUGCCGCCUGACGCCCAAUUCUGGGCAGGAGGAUGCCGACAACGAUGGCAUUGGGGACCAGUGUGAUGAUGACGCCGAUGGCGAUGGCGUCAAGAACGUGGAGGACAACUGCCGGCUCUUUCCCAACAAAGACCAGCAGAACUCGGACACUGACUCCUUCGGGGAUGCCUGUGACAACUGCCCCAAUGUGCCCAACAACGACCAGCGGGACACGGACAGCAACGGCGAGGGGGACGCUUGCGACAACGACAUCGAUGGGGACGGGAUUCCCAACAUGCUGGAUAACUGCCCCAAGGUGCCCAACCCUCUGCAGACGGACCGGGACGAGGACGGUGUUGGGGACGCCUGUGACAGUUGCCCUGAAAUGAGCAACCCCACUCAGACAGAUAUGGACAGUGACCUGGUAGGAGACAUCUGUGACACCAAUGAGGACAGCGACGGGGACGGGCAUCAGGACACCAAAGACAACUGCGCCGAGAUCCCCAACAGCUCCCAGCUGGACUCGGACAACGAUGGGCUGGGGGAUGACUGUGACAAUGACGAUGACAAUGAUGGCAUCCCGGACUACGUGCCACCCGGCCCAGACAACUGCCGCCUCAUUCCCAACCCCAACCAGAAGGACUCAGACGGGAAUGGCGUGGGCGACGUCUGCGAGGAGGACUUCGACAAUGACACCGUGGUGGACCAGCUGGACGUGUGCCCCGAGAGCGCCGAGGUGACGCUCACCGACUUCCGCGCCUACCAGACCGUCAUCCUCGACCCCGAGGGGGACGCCCAGAUCGACCCCAACUGGGUUGUCCUCAACCAGGGCAUGGAGAUCGUGCAGACCAUGAACAGCGACCCGGGCUUGGCUGUGGGCUACACGGCCUUCAACGGGGUGGACUUCGAGGGCACCUUCCACGUCAACACCGUCACCGACGAUGACUACGCCGGCUUCAUCUUCAGCUACCAGGACAGCGCCAGCUUCUACGUGGUGAUGUGGAAGCAGACAGAGCAGACGUACUGGCAGGCUACCCCUUUCCGUGCUGUGGCUGAGCCAGGGCUGCAGCUCAAGGCAGUGAAGUCCUCGACGGGCCCCGGGGAGCACCUCCGCAACGCGCUGUGGCACACGGGCAACACGCCCGACCACGUCCGCCUGCUCUGGAAGGACCCCCGGAACGUCGGCUGGAGGGACAAGACGUCCUACCGCUGGCAGCUGGCACACAGGCCCCAGGUGGGCUACAUCAGGUGAGUGGGGGGGGGCACCGGGGCUGCUGAGGUGGUAGGGGGGAUGUGCUCACCACGGGGCAGGGUGGG